AUGUGGCAUCCUGAGAAGAGCCUAGGAGAGACCACUGGUGAAAGUGCAGCCCAGUUGCAUCAACAGGCCCCAGUGUUUUUAGAUGCCAGUACUGUGAAAUGGUCACCGAAACAGCAGUGGCAGUGGAAUUUAACCAGUCAGAUUCUAGAAGACCAGCUGUGUGCACUGCAGAAGGCAGAGACUAAUGCAGUGACCUAUGAUGAUGUGCACAUUGACUUCACUUUAGAUGAGUGGGCUUUGUUGAAUCCUUCUCAGAAGAGUCUCUACAAAGAUGUGAUGCUGGAGACGUACAGAAACCUCACUUCUAUAGGUAUGAAAGAAGCCAUACUGGAAAGAAACCCUGUGAAUAUACUCAAUGUGUUAAAGCCUUUUCAUGUUGCAGUCAUCUUCAAGGAUGUGAAAAAAUUCCUGCAGGACAGAAACCAUAUGAUGGUAUUCAAUAUGAUGAAGUGUCUACAUGUCCCAGUCAUCCCCAGAUACUUAAAAGAACACAUGCUAUAG